AAGAGCGUGUGUGUUACAAUUUCCAGUGGCCUCACAUACGUAGAUCUGCCUCUCGGAGUGUGUGUGCAGUGUGUGUGAGCAGUGCCGAGUGGAGCAGGAUGCAAGCCAUCAAGUGUGUGGUUGUGGGAGACGGGGCUGUUGGGAAAACAUGUCUUCUCAUCAGUUACACAACCAACGCCUUCCCUGGUGAAUACAUUCCAACAGUUUUUGACAACUACUCGGCCAACGUGAUGGUGGACAGCAAGCCUGUCAAUCUGGGCCUCUGGGACACGGCCGGACAGGAGGACUACGACAGGCUCCGCCCCCUGUCCUACCCCCAGACGGAUGUGUUUCUGAUUUGUUUCUCCCUGGUGAGUCCGGCGUCGCACGAGAAUGUCCGAGCAAAGUGGUACCCGGAGGUGCGCCACCACUGCCCGUCCACCCCCAUCAUCCUGGUUGGCACCAAGCUGGACCUGAGGGACGAGAAGGACACCAUCGACAAGCUGAAGGAGAAGAAACUGUCGCCCAUCACGUACCCGCAAGGCCUCGCUCUGGCCAAGGAGAUCGAUGCAGUGAAGUACCUGGAGUGUUCAGCGCUCACCCAGAGAGGUUUGAAGACGGUGUUUGAUGAAGCCAUCAGAGCGGUCCUCAUUCCUCAGCCCCCCAAAGCCAAGAAGAAGGCGUGUAGCCUGCUCUGAGGAGAACAUUCCAGAUGUGCCAGAAGAAUUUCGACAACCAAGAGCUGCGUUGACGUCUCUUCAAUUCGCCCGUCAACGUCCCAGUACUUUUGUUGACGUCCCUUAUAAAUGUCAAAAAGUCCAAAUCCAAGUGGACGCCAUGUUGACAAUGUCAGCUAGACCGAUUCCUAACGCCCAAAGCUGUAUUUGGAUCAAAUGAAUGAUGAAUGUGUUAUUUGCUGUGAUUAAAAUACGGGAACAGAUCAUUCCUGUGCUUCAUCAU